GAGGUGUGACUGUGGGCGUGGUUCAUUAAACUUAUAGACACACCUACUUAUUAAUGGAGCCAUUCAAAGAAGCUAGAGCUGAUGUCAUUACAGAGUUUAUAGAGGCUGCCAUACACUCCAUACUGUAUGUCAGAGGAGUUUACCCAGCAGCUAUUUUUAAACCCAGAAGAAAAUAUGGGACAACAGUUCAUAUGUGUUGCCAUGCCGAUAUUAAUCAAUACAUAAUUAAAAGUCUAAAGACUGUCCACUCAUUACUACUAGAGGUGAGAAUAUCUAGUGUAUAAUUCUUAAGAGUAUAAGACAAUGCAUAAAUCGUGGUACUCCUAUCUAAUGAUUUCAGUUCAAAUUAUCAAUUGCUCAGAUAAAAACUCCACCAUCAUUAUGUAUUGCACAAUGUAUUACUUGUAGCAGUAGUACACUCGUUUAUUUUUGCACACUCUCAUCAUACACAACUUGUGCAUGCCUACC